GAAUAAAAAAUUUUUUGUAAAUUUUUAAUUAAAAAGUAAACAUUAAUGUCGAAAAUGCAAACUUGGGGAAGACAGAAAAGAUCACACACAAGGCCGUCACUUCACAUUUGGAAGUCUGCACAGCGGCCAGGCAGAGGCGCUCCUCACUUCCCAGACGGUUGGCAGCUGCGGAGAGGGGGCUCCUCACUUCCCGAACUGUGGACAGAUGGGCAGAGGUGCUCUUCACUUCCAGGAUGGUUGGCAGCUGGGCAAAGGGGCUCCUUACUUCCCGGAUAGUUGGCAGCUGGGCAGAGGCGCUCCACAAUUCCCAGAAGGUUGGCGGCUGGGCAGAAGUGCUCCUCAUUUCCCAGUUAUUUGGGCGGCCAGGGAGAGGCAUUCCUCACUUCCCAGAUGGUUGGCAGCUGGGCAGAAGCGCUCCUCACUUCCUGGACUGUGGGCAGCUGGGCAGAGGUGCUCCUCACUGCGAUUCUCACUUCCCAGACAGUUGGCGGCCAGGCAGAGGCGCUCCUCACUUCCCGGACGGUUGGCAGCUGCGCAGAGGGGCUUCUCACUUCCCCAACGGUUGGCAACUGGGCAGAGGCGCUCUUCACUUCCCGGACCAUUGGCAGCUGGGCAGAGGCGCUCCUCACUUCCCAGAAGGGGCGGCGGCCGGGCAGAGGUGCUCCUCACUUUCCAGACGGUGGGUGGGCAGAGGUGCUCCUCACUUUCCAGACGGUGGGUGGGCAGAGGCCCUCAUCACUUCCCAGAUGGUUGGCGGCUGGGCAGAGGCACUCCUCACUUUGCAGAGCUGGCAGAGGCGCUCCUCACUUCCAGGACUGACUGUGGGCAGCCAGACAGAGGUGCUCCUCACAUCCCAGAGGGUGCGGCGGCCUGGCAGAGGCCCUCAUCACUUCCCAGAUGGUUGGCGGCCUGGCAGAGGAGCGCCACACUUCCCGGACCCUUGGCAGUUGGACAGAGGCGCUCCUCACUUCCCGGACGGUUGGCAACUGGGCAGAGGCGCUCCUCACUUCCUGGACAGUUGGCAGAUGGGCAGAGGCGCUCCACAUUUCCCAGACGGUUGGUAGCAGGGCAGAGGCGCUCUUCAGAGGUGCUCCUCACUUCCCAGAUGGUUGGCAGCCAGGCAAAUGCGCUCCUCACUUCCCAGAUGGGGCGGCAACCAGGCAGAGGUGCUCCUCACUUCCCAGACUGUGGGUGGGCAGAGGCCCUCAUCACUUCCCAGAUGGUUGGCAGCCUGGCAGAGGAGCUCCACACUUCCUGGACCGUUGGCAGCUGUGCAGAGGUGCUCCUCACUUCCCAGAUGGUUGGCAGCCUGGGAGAGGUACUCCUCACUUCCCAGAUGGUUGGCGGCCAAGCAGAGGCACUCCUCACUUCCCAGAUGGGGCAGCAGCCAGGCAGAGGCGCUCCUCACUUCCCAGACUGUGGGCAGCUGGGCAGAGGCGCUCCUCACAUCCCAGAUGGGGUGGUGGCCUGGCAGAGGCGCUCUUCACUUCCCAGACAAUUGGUGGCCGGGCAGAGCGCUCUUCACUUCCUGGACAGUUGGCAGCUGGGCAGAGGCGCUCCUCACUUCCCAUAUGGUUGGCAGCUGGGCAGAGGUGCUCCUCACUUCCCGGACUAUGGGCAGCUGGGCAGAGGCGCUUCUCACUUCCCAGACAGUUGGCAGCUGGGCAGAGGGGCUUCUCCCUUCCCGAAUGGUUGGCAGCUGGGCAAAGGCACUCCUCACUUCCCGGACAGUUGGCAGCUGGGCAGAGGCACGCCUCACUGCGUUCCUCACUUCCCAGACAGUUGGAGGCCGGGCAGAGGCGCUCCUCACUUCCCAGACAGUUGGCAGCUGGGCAGAGGCACCCCUCACUUCCCACACGGUUGGUGGCCAGGCAAGAGAUGCUCCUCAUUUCCCAGACAGUUGGUGGCCGGGAAGAGGUGCUCCUCACUUCCCAGUCAGUUGGCCGGCCGGGCAGAGGUGCUCCUCACUUCCCGGACUGUGGGCAGCUGGGCAGAGGUGCUCCUCACUUCCCAGACGGUUGGCAGCCGGGCAGAGGCCCUCCUCACUUUCCAGCUGGUUGGCUGCCCGGCAGAGAUGCUCCUCACUUCCCAGACGGUUGGCUGCUGGGCAAAGGCACUCCUCACUUCCCAGAGGGCUGGCUGCCUGGCAGAGGCGCUCCUCACUUCUCAGAUGGUUGGCGGCCGGGCAGAGGUGCUUCUCACUUCCCAGAUGGUGGGCAGCCUUUCAGAGGUGCUUCUCAGUUCCCAGACGGUGGUAAGCCAGGCAGAGGCGCUCAUCACUUCCCAGACAGGGACACGGCCAGGCAGAGGCGCUCCUCACUUCCCAGAUGGUGGGUGGCCUGGCAGAGGCACUCCUCACUUCCCAGAUGAUUGUCAGGUGGGCAUUUGCGCUCCUCACUUCCCGGAUGGUAGGCAGCUGGGCAGAGGGGCUCCUCACUUCCUGGACGGUUGGCAGCCGUGCAGAGGCGCUCCUCACAUCCCAGACGGGGUGGCGGCCAGGCAGAGGCACUCCUCACUUCUCAGUCAUUUGGACGGCCGGGGAGAGGCCUUCCUCACUUCCCAGACAGUUGACAGGUGGGCAUAUGCGCUCCCCACUUCCCGGAUCUUUGGCAGUUGGGCAGAGGCGCUCCUCACUUCCCAGAUGGUUGUCAUCUGGGCAGAGGUGCUCCUCACUUCUCGGACUCUGGGCAGCUGGGCAGAAGGGCUCUUCACUUCCCAGAUGGUUGGCAGCUGGGCAGAGGCGCUCCUCACUUCCCAGAUGGUUGGCAGCUGGGCAGAGGCGCUCCUCACUUCCCAGAUGGUUGGCAGCUGGGCAGAGGCACUCCUCACUUCCCAGAUGGUUGGCAGCUGGGCAGAGGCACUCGUCACUGCGUUCCUCACUUCCCAGACAGUUGGCGGCCGGGCAGAGGCGCUCCUCACUUCCCAGAUGGUGCGGCGGUCGGGCAGAGGCGCUCCUCACUUCCCAGAUGGUGCGGCGGUCGGGCAGAGGCGCUCCUCACUUCCCAGACAGUGGGCCGUUGGGCAGAGGCGCUCCUCGCUUCCCACAUGGUUGGCGGCCAGGCAAGAGGCUCUCCUCAUUUCCCAGACAGUUGGUGGCUGGGAAGAGGCGCUCCUCGCUUCCCAGUCGGUUCGCUGGCCGGGCAGAGGUGCUCCUCACUUCCCGGACUGUUGGGCAGCUGGGCAGAGGCGCUCCUCACAUCCCGGACUCUGGAAAACUGGGCGGAAGCGCUUCUCACUUCCUGUACUGUGGGCAGCUGGGCAGAGGUGAUCCUCACUUCCCGGACUGUGGGCAGCUGGGCAGUGGUGCUCCUCACUUCCCAGCUGGUUGGCUGCCCGGCAGAGAUGCUCCUCACUUCCCAGACAGUUGGCAGGUGGGCAUAUGUGCUCCUCACUUCCCGGAUGGUUGGCAGCUGGGCAGAGGCGCUCCUCACUUCCCGGGCUGUGGGCAGCUGGGCAGAGGCGCUCCUCACAUCCCGGACUCUGGGCAACUGGGCGGAAGCGCUUCUCACUUCCUGGACUGUGGGCAGCUGGGCAGAGGUGAUCCUCACUUCCCGGACUGUGGGCAGCUGGGCAGUGGUGCUCCUCACUUCCCAGCUGGUUGGCUGCCCGGCAGAGAUGCUCCUCACUUCCCAGACAGUUGGCAGGUGGGCAUAUGUGCUCCUCACUUCCCGGAUGGUUGGCAGUUGGGCAGAGGCGCUCCUCACUUCCCGGACUGUGGGCAGCUGGGCAGAGGCGCUCCUCACUUCCCAGAUGGUUGGCAGCUGGGCAGAGGUGCUCCUCACUUCCCGGACUGUGGGCAGCUGGGCAGAGGCACUCCUCACUGCAUUCCUCACUUCCCAGACAGUUGGCUGCCAGGCAGAGGCGCUCCUCACUUCCCAGAUGGUGCGGCGGUCGGGCAGAGGCACUCCUCACUUCCCAGGCAGUGGGCCGCUGGGCAGAGGAGCUCCUCAUUUCCCAUAUGGUUGACGGCCAGGCAAGAGGCGCUCCCCAUUUCCCAGACAGUUGGUGUGACCGGGAAGAGGUGCCUCCUCACUUCCCAGUCAGUUGGCCGGCCAGGCAGAGGUGCUCCUCACUUCCCGGACUGUGGGCAGCUGGGCAGAGGUGCUCCUCACUUCCCAGAGGGUUGGCAGCCGGGCAGAGGCCCUCCUCACUUCCCAGCUGGUUGGCUGCCCGGCAGAGAUGCUCCUCACUUUCCAGCUGGUUGGCUGCCCGGCAGAGGCACUCCUCACUUCCCAGAUGGUUGGCGGCCGGGCAGAGGUGCUCCUCACUUCCUAGAUGGCGGGCAGCCUUUCAGAGGCUCUUCUCAGUUCCCUGACGGUGGUAAGCCAGGCAGAGGCGCUCAUCACUUCCCAGACAGGGAGGCGGCCAGGCAGAGGGGCUCCUUGUUUCCCAGACGGUUGGCAGCUGGGCAGAGGCGCUCAUCACUUCCCAGACGGUUGGCGGCCCAGCAGAGGCGCUCCUCCUCACUUCCCUGACGAUUGGCGGUAGUGCAGAGGCGCUCCUCAUUUCCCAGACAGUUGGCGGCCGGGCAGACGUGAUCCUCACUUCCGGGACUCUGGGCAGCUGGGCAGAGGCGCUCCUCACUUCCGGGACAGGGUGGCGGCCAGGCAGAGGCGCUCCUCGCUUCCCAGACGGUGGGCAGUUGGGCAGAGGCGCUCCUCACUUCCCAGACACUUGGCGGCCCAGUAGAGGCGCUCCUCGUUUCCCAGACAGU